CCAGGACGAGGUGCUAGCCAUCAACGACAAGGUGGUCCUCCGAGCCGAAGACUUGCUGACCUGGAUGUGUGUGGGCACGGAGUGGCGCUGGGGGCUCCGCGCAGUGUGGCGCGGUGCCUGCGCCCCGCCCGCCGACAUGCCCCGCCAUGCUCCCCUCGCACACAGCAAACUGGACUUCAGCGAUGUUGACAAUGAGAAGAGUACCAUUGAAGUGGACGCCGAAGCUCCAGGAGUGGUGGUCUUCUCAUACCCUCGCUACUGCCGGUACAGGGCUCUCAUAGCUCGGUUAGAGGGCAUCCAGGCGACCUGGCUGAGGGACUCCUUAGUAGCUGCCCUCGGCGGGUAUGCUGCACCUACAAAGAAUACCAGGAUUUUAUAUUGCAAGGACACAUUCGAGUACCCAGAACUGGAAGGUCAUGAGUUUGUCUGCAACCACCUGGCGCCCCGUCUAAAAGGUCGGCCUCGGGGGCGCCGGCGUCGGGCAACCACGCCGGAUGACAGAGACCAUGAUCCCACGUCUGAUAGAUCGGACUCAGAUGACCAGAGACCUAACACUGCUUCAGAUCCACCGACCCCUCGUCGCCUGUCCCUCCGAAACGGCGGCGGUCCUCAAAGCGAGGAAGAAGAUGAGGAAUACAGACGAGUGGAACAUAGUCCUGAGGACCUCGCCUUCCUUCACCAGCUCAAGACCUUCUAUAAAAGCCGCUGUGAAACCUUCAAGAAUGAUCGUAGUUUGAAGAAUUGGUCCCUCCGCGCGCUGUACGCGGCCGUGGCGGCCCGCGGCGGGUACGAGGCAGUGUGUCGCCUGCGGCUGUGGAGGGAACUCGCCAGGGAGCAACCCGCGCGGACACGGAGACAUUACGAGAGGUUCCUCCUCCCCUUCGAGAACCACGAGCGAAACAACGGCAUCUCCCUCUCUUACAAACAAAAUGGCCAACUAGACGAACCACACACCAUCGCCACCAUUGACGUCACCGACUCCCCCCUCAGAGACGAUGACGUCAAGAUACUUCGCACCCCUUCCCCCAAACUGGAACACGACAACAUCGGAAAACAGGACAUAGACUGCGAGACGGGCGAAAUAAAUUCCAAAGACGAUAUAAUAGUCAAAAACGCUGAAGAAUUGAAUCGAGAAUUUCUUGAUUCGUUGCCUAAAGAAGAAAAGUUGGUGAAGAUAUCUGUCAAGCCGGUCGAGAAGUUGAUAGAGCCCUCGGUGAAGGUGUCCGAGGGGGAGGGGCAGAAGGAGGGGAAGGACUUUAGCCAGAACUACUUGAAUGACUUACAGAAAUAUAGUAUGGGAGCGGACAUGUCCCGCGCGGCGCCAUUGAACGGUCACGCCGGGCCUGCUCCCACCGACUUGAAGGUAUCCCGUCCAGCAGGCCGUAGUUCCCUGCGCGCCGUCCGAGUCAAACCGACCAGACCUCACACACACGCGCCCGCGCAUACACCGCCAGUUCCCCCGCCGAGUGAGAAUGUGUCCGCGGGCGCAGGGCGCGCUCCGAGGACUAACUUCGGUAUACAACACCCACACACUAACUCUGUGCAGGAUGAUGAUAUAGUCGAGGUCCCAUACAAACCGAAGACGCCAGAAAUCAUCGAUUUAGACGAAUACCCGGAGAGUCCCCAAGCUGUGAAGAAGAAGAAACUGGACAUACUCAAGGAAAGAGGCCUAGAGGUCACUGCCCUCCCCCCCUGGCAGGGGGUCGCCCCCCACAUGAUGCCCCCGCCCAUCAUACUCAACCCCACUGUACAACAUCAGAUCAUGACGCAAGCACAACUGUUUCAUAUGUACAAUAUUAUACCGAACUACGCCAACGGGGUCCAACCCCCAAAGGUGAUCCAAGCGUCCUCAAUAUUCGGUAACACGGGGCCUGAGAAAACUGUGUACGGGAACCCAAAGACCCCUUCAUGCCGCCCCCUCAUGUCUUACACGGAGCCCCCGUCAAACCCCUAAGAGCACCCCCCACCCAACCAAUCCCCCAAGACAUCCUAGACCUGACUUGCAAAUCCACAAGCCCGUCACCUCCAAAGCCAGCCGUGGAGAUUGUAAGAGUCCCCCCAUCCCCAUCUCCAAACCACACCCCGCAAAAUCUAACGAAAAACUACACUUUGGUCGACGGCAAAGCGGUUGUAGGAUCCAAUUUAGAAAUCACUUUAGUGAAUAAAGCGUCCAGUCCUAGCAAGCACAGACCGCCGCAGAAGCGGUCGAGUAAUGGCAAGUUUAUGUCUGCUAAGACUCCGACGCCUCCUAAGGAGAGCUAUCCUAAAUAUACGCCCCCUAGUAGUACAAAGAAAGCAGCCAUCAACAUACCCAGUUACCAAGUCAGGGAUGACUCGCCCACAGGCCAUUCUCACAAUCAGAAUCAUAACUUGGCCCAGCUAACGGAGUUACAGAAGAAUUCAGUCCCAAUGUCGUCCUUUAUGGAGCCCUAUAUGGCCCUCUAUAGUAGCUUGGGGCCUAUGGAUCAGCGCCAGCUCGCGUACCUAAUGAGUAAUCAGCUUCGAUACCCGAGUCUGUUAAAUCUAGGUGUCGCUACCCCUACAACGAAGAAUUGA